GCUAACUAUUUAUUAAAAUGGCGGCAAAAAUUAACUUCAAUGUUGCGACAAAUAUGAUGUAUGACUCAUGAGAUAACGUUCGUGAGAUACUGGUGAUAACAUUUUCAUAAUACAUGGAGACUGAUGCGUUGAUAAAGAAGUUACAAGGACUUAGGAAAUGUGUGACGGGCAUUAUAAGUCAGCUGGUAUCCGGGGACGAAAUUGACAACAGUACAGGCUCUCAGCAAGUGUGUCAGUAUUUAGAUGAGGCAGGAAAACUCCUGACCAAUGUCGACAAAAUUCUCCGGGGAGAAGAAAUUGGUGGUGACACUGUUUUGGAGGAAGGAAUAAAAAAUGGCCCUUGUUGCUCUUGUGGUAAAAUCAAUGGCAGUGGAAGAAGGAAGGAAGAUUCGACUGUGAUAAGUGGAGGAAUUGAUUCUAAAAAGGAGAAUGAUGGUGCAGGAUUUCAAUCUGACAGACUCAGUGCUGGCAAUGACUGUCAGAAUAGACCAAAUUCAUUUAGUACGAGAGAUGAUGUGAAGUGGAGUGGGAUUAAACUUGAUGAUGGAAACGGCAGGAAUAUUUCCAAUUCAAAACAGGAAAGCCAAUUAGUAACAGAUUGCGACUCUGAUGCUACCGACGAUGAUGAUACCCCACUUCUCCAUUCUACCCACAAUUCAGAUCAAUCCCAUGAUUCACAGGGUGUCCUACAAGUGAUGGAAUCUCCAGAUGGUGGUCAGGAUGAAGAUGGCUUUGGAUCUGAUGAUGAUUUCAAUGACAGCAUUCUCCAGGAGAUUGAUGAAGCAGAGCGGAGCUUUAACAGCAACAAGAAUGUAGAAGAGGACGAUGGAGAUGAGGAUCCACAGAAUCAUCCCAGUGAUCCCAAAUACCUGGAAGUGCUGAAGAAGUACUUUGGAUACUCAAAGUUUAGGCCGAUGCAGUGGAAAAUCAUCAACUCGGUCUUGAAUGAAAAAAGGGACAGCUGUGUUGUCAUGGCAACAGGGUAUGGUAAAAGUUUGUGUUACCAGUUCCCGUCUGUGUUUACACAGAAAACAACAGUGGUUAUCUCCCCCUUGAUUUCCCUGAUGCAGGAUCAAGUUAUGGGACUCCAAGCUGCCAAUAUUGAAGCCUGCUUUUUAGGAUCAGCUCAAGAAAAUUCUACGCAAGUGCGUCAAGAUCUCAAAAGGGGUAAAUAUAGAGUGCUGUACAUCACCCCGGAGUAUGCCUCUAGUGGAGGAGUGAACCAUCUGAAAGACCUUGACCGAGAUGUUGGCCUUGACCUGAUUGCUAUAGACGAGGCUCACUGUGUGUCACAAUGGGGUCACGACUUUAGGUCUGCCUACAGGUCAUUAGGUCAACUGAAAGAAGCAUUCCCACAGGUCCCUGUCCUAGCACUGACUGCCACAGCUACGCAAGAAGUUAGAUUGGACAUCUGCAGAAGUCUCAAACUACGGGACCCCAGCAUCAUCUGCACAGGUUUUGACAGACCUAACCUAUUCCUCUCUGUGGGUUUGAAGACAGACACAGCCUUUGACCUGCGCUCUCAGAUGACGAAGCAGGGGAACAAGUUUAACUUUGAUGGUCCGACUAUUAUCUACUGUCCCACCAAAAAAGCCACCAACGAAGUGGCUGCAAUUGUUAAAGGUAUGAAUAUUCCUAGUGCCCCAUACCACGCCGGACUGUCCCAGGCGGACAGGAAUAAGGCACACAGACAGUUUGUCAACGACCAAGUACAGGUCAUUAUAGCGACUGUGGCUUUUGGUAUGGGCAUUGACAAGCCGGAUGUCAGAAAGGUGAUACAUUAUGGAGCACCCAAGGACAUAGAGUCUUACUACCAGGAAGUGGGGAGGGCAGGCAGGGACGGACUACCGAGUCAGUGUCACGUCUUCUACACGGAGAAAGACUUCCUGACUUCCAGGCAUUUUAUCAGUGAGGUACAGAAUGAAAAAUUCAGAGAACACAAAAUGAAGAUGUUGGGGAAAAUGCAGCAAUAUUUAAAGACCACAACAUGCCGGCGAAGGUUGUUGCUAUCUCACUUUGAGAACAAGAAGUUGGAUGACAUCGGGGGAACCACUAACUGUUGUGAUAAUUGUCGUAAAAACCUGGAGAGGAGUCGACAGCAGAGUUACUACGACGCCAAGAACUGGUCCUCAGUGCUGCCCCCUGGUGCUGAUAUCUGUGACGGAGAGCAGGAUUUCACGAAGGAAGCGCGAAAUUUGUUUGAUGCCAUACAGGCUUUGGGCUGUAGGUUUGGACUUGCCACUGUAGUUCUGUUCCUUGUUGGAUCUCACUCACAAAGAACCAGCAGGUUCACUAAACUUUCAGGAUUUGGCAAUGGGAAGUACAGAAAAACAAAUUGGUGGAAAAGUUUUGGCAAAGCUCUGAUCUACGAGGGAUAUCUGAAAGAGGUGGCGAUCCCAAACAGUUUUGGCUCCACUGUGGAACUGUCCAGUAAAGGGUCGGUGUGGAGGAGGGGAGCCUCACCCCUGAAGCUGACCCCCACUACGGACAUGCUUGCCGAGAUGAGGCCCCCAGUGGCUGUGACAGUCAGGUACAUGCCUGCACCUUCUGUUUCUCUGAGUUGGAGUACAAGUGUACCACCCUCCGCGUCGGCGUCUGAUUGGAACAGUACCAAGGAGGAAGUCAGGAAGACGGUGUCGCCACAGAAACCGGUGGUGGAUGAGAAGACAAUGAGAGCUCGGGCUGAUUUGUACGCCAUGCUGGUGAAGAAGAGGAAUGACUUGGCCCAGGAGACAGGGUACACACCUCACUCCAUCGCCAGCAAUAAGGUGCUACUGGACCUAGCCAAGAUCAGACCCAGUAGCAAGGAGUCAUUGCUGAAAUUGGAGGAUUUCCCGCAGGCCAAAGUGGAGAAGUUUGGUCCAACGUUCAUCAAGAUCCUUAAAGAUUACUGCCAAGAGAAGGACGUCAAGAUGGACGACUUCCCAGAAAUCAAACUGACAAAGAAUGACACGGACCUAAUGAGGGAAUUGCUCCGGUUAACGGAAACACAGAGAGCCUCCUACGUGUUGUUCAACAGAGACAACAAAUCUGUGGAAGAAGUGGCUUCAUUGCGGGGUCUUAAAACUACAACCGUCGUCAGCCAUCUUUGUGAAGCCAUCAAGGUGGGGCUGGAGGUGGAUCCAGUCAGGGUGGGGGUGACCUCCCAGAUAGAGAGCCUCAUUACCAGGGUCAUCCGGGGGCCAGAAAUCAACUCAGUGAUCAGCAAACUGACCCCAAUAAAGGACAGACUGCCAGACUACAUUGAGUACAACCAGAUAAGGGUGGUCAUUGCCGGACUCGUCCAGAAGUAUGGUCAGGUCAUGUCACCCACAGGAGAUCUGGUGCUGGACGCCCCCUCCUCUCAGGACUUGACAGACAAUACAAACUCGGAGAUUGAUGGCGCCAGUGUUAAAGUUGGCGGUGCUAGUGGUGUCUGUGACAGUGGUGCUAGUGCGACACAGUCCUCUCAGAGUAUGUCCCAGGCGGACACCACAGAAACCACGGGGCAGAAGAGAAAGCUACCGGGAUGGAUGGACGGAAAAACCAAGCCUGUCAUGUCCAAGAAAAUGAGGUCCAACAGCCUGUUUCGUUAGGACAAAACACUGGUCCUGUGUACAUAGGAUUUCAAACACUGCAUGCUUUGGUUUUGUACAAAAUUAAAUCAUGAUUAACUAACAAA